AUGGGUCCCCUAACACCUAAUACCACAUCGGACUAUGAGAGCGCCGAAAGCGCCUGGAGAGCUGCCGAUGACUUUGCCUUCCAGCAGGGCUACGCCCUCUCUAAGCCUACACCAAGCAUAUUUGGACAUGGCCAGAUGCUGUUCUGCCACCGAGGCUGUGAUACAAUCUAUCCAGAUGGAAUGGACUCAGUAGAUGCGCCUUUCCCAGCAGACUGGUACUUUGAGGAGCCGUGUCCGUUCAGUAUGAGUCUGAGCAGCUAUGGUUCCGGCUCCAAGGAAAAAUGGAGGCUCUCCAGUGGCCGCCAGCCUCAUACGCAUGGCGCACGGGAUCUCCUACACCUCUGCAAGAUUCGCCACCCAAACUUUGAACAGAAGCAUCUUGAUAUCAUUAAGGAAGAGGCGCCUGUGAUAUACAUACUGGAGCUCGUUAGAGAACAUUUCACCCAGAGCAUGGACCCUGUCUUGCUACGUGAUAUUCGCAGCAUCACAAACACGUUCAGAUUUGAGUCGGGUGGACUGUUCACACUCGUCCAGGAGCUUGACGACCAUCUCACUGAAACUGGCGCAGUUCAUCACACGAGGCAUAACGAGAGAAACCGACCGGAUUCCAAGUUCUUCAUGCUGGGUUCCGAAGACGAGUCAGAACUUGCGCUAGGGAAAGGCUUCUUUCAGCUGGUGCUCAUCAAUAUCACAUCCCACGCCAGCCAAAGCUGGAAGUUGGCGGAAAUCAAUGGGUACACGGCACGGGGGACCACCUUUCCGGUAGCCGUCGCGGUCACAACUUCAGCAGAUCCCUCUUUCUACCAGUGGCUUAUUAAACGAUUCUCUGAAGUCAGGGGCUCGGGACGUCAACCCCAGGUGAUCAUCUCCAAUAUCCACCCACAUGUUGCUGAUAGUUUCAAAAAUGACCUCCCCGAUUCCAAAAUACAGCUGUGUUUAUCCCAUCUUUCGAAAGAUGUCUUGAGAGUCGUGAAGCAGCACUGGAAAGGCGCGAAAGGCAAGGGGGCUUUCAUGAAACAGGCUGACCUAGCCAAAGAGGAGGGGAUUGUGCCUUGCCGGGAGAACCAAGGACGUGCGCCAAACGAUUUCCUCAUGGCUUGGAAGCGUACUGUAUUCGCUCCUUCGGUUGCCCAGUUUAAAGAUGCGUGGGACCAUCUACAGGCCGACUUUGCUGCCCAGACCGGUAUUCUUGAACACCUGAAAGAGACGUAUCUUCCGUUUCGAGAACAAUGGGCACGGGCUUAUACUAAGGAAUAUCGAAAUUUUGCUGUCGACAACCCAACACCAAAGGGAGGUUUUCAGUCCAAAGCGCGAAGUUAUUUUCAGACCGCGGUCCCGAAUCUUCUCACUUUGGCUAAGGAGGCAUCGGACCAACGCGAACAAAUCAGCGAUGAAUACGCCAUGAAAGCAUCGAUGGAGUCAAGUCGUCACCAAACGAAGAUGUUGAUUGAGUUUUUCCGAGACAUCAUGUCAUACGUCUCUGAGAAGGGACGCGAGAUGGCCUAUGAGCAGUAUUGUCUAGCGCGUGCCUCUUUGAUUGACCCUAUUGGGGAACCCCUCAAACCUUGUACGAGGAGUUUGAUGACCCAGCACGGUAUUCCAUGUGCUCAUACAAUGAGCUCAAUGCUGCAAGUUGACCGCACGAAAAGCCCACCCGUGGUCACUGCGCGGGAGCCGCUCUCGUUGGAACUUUUCGAUGCUUUCUGGAGGGGCGGCAAAGAAAUUGUGAGCAUCUGUCAUCAUCUUUCUAUCCUACAAGAGCUUCUAUUGACCACUCUUUUACUUGUCCUGUAUAGUACGCACCCCUCGAUGAACUGCCGCGAUUGCGCAUACCACCGUCUCAAACAACCGACCGUCCAGCUGAUGUUACGCAAAAUCGAGCAAACAGUGGACUCCUGA